AUGUCUGGCUCACACACACCGUCCACCGAGCCAGCAGCACAAGCUGAAGCUGGCUCCAAGGCCCCCUCCUCCUCACCAACCCCCUCGUCCCCCGAGCCCCUCGCCGCCGCUGCGGCCGUAGAUACAAACCUCGCGCGAAAGCAGCCGCGAGGAAGGCGAAGAAGACUCCUCCGAAGAAGGCGAGGAGCCCGAGCCCCCCCAGAAGCCACCAGCUCGCAGCCCCCACUGCCCCCCGAAGCCCCCCCGACAGAUCCGGCGGCGGCGGUGGAGGAGGACAACGACGGCUGGCAGCCCAUCUGGGACGACACCUACCAGGCAUACUACUUCUACAACUCGCACACCAACGAGACGACGUGGACAAACCCGCGCGUGCCGGAGGCGACGACGCUGCCGGCGACGGCUGGCGUUGUUGUCCAGGGCGGCGACCCGCCCCUGCCGCUCGAGGACGAGCCGGACCCAAAUCUGACAUACAACCCGGCCAUCCACGGCGAUUACGACCCCACGGCCCCGUAUGCGCAGGUGCAGAACGCCGGCGCGCAGGGGGCCGACGAGUAUGUGGCGCGUGGGGCGUUCAAUCGCUUCACGGGUAAAUUCCAGCCGGCGGCGUCGAGGCGCGUGCCAGAGAACUAUAAUGACGAGAACAAGUCGCGGCGGCAGAUGGAGUUCUAUUUCGAUGUUGAUGCGGCGGCGAGCACGCAUGAUGGACGCAGCCUGAAGGCGGAGAGGCAGACGAGGAAGCUGUCGAGGAAGGAGGUGAGGGAGUUUCAGGAGAAGCGAAAGGCCAGGAAGGAAGAGAAGCGGAAGGCGUGGUUGAGAGACUAA